CUGCGAGCGCUCAUGUGGCGGCGUCGUGCGUCCGUCGUCGAUCUCGAUCGCCUGUAUUCAACUGUUGUUCGUCAGCACGAUCGAACUCGAAACCCUUGUUAUUUAAGAACCGACCGACGAGCCGGCCGGGUGCGUGGAUGUGUGAGCCGCGCCAGUGACUUGUAGGAACCAGAUCCCAUCGAAGAGUACCACACCACCGUACCUUUUCUCUCGUACGUCCGCGUACAGUCGUCGUUUCCUUUCCUCCCUCCGUCAGCUUCGCGUGUGAUCCAUCUUCACUGCACUGGACGAUCCUACUGUUUGAGACGCAAAGGGUACGGUGGCAACGAUGAAGACGCCCAAACCUCUGGCCGUGUUCCUCGUGGUGUUCGUCGCGCUGGCUGCCGCGCCGGCCGUCGUCGACGCGGGCUGGUCCAGGGGCACGGCCACGUUCUACGGCGGCAGCGACGCCUCGGGCACAAUGGGAGGCGCGUGCGGGUACGGCAACCUGUACGCGACGGGGUACGGGCAGUACACGGCGGCGCUGAGCCAGGUGCUGUACAACGGCGGCGCGUCGUGCGGGCAGUGCUACCAGGUGUCGUGCGACGCGCAGACGGACGCGCGGUGGUGCCGGCCGGGCGGCGGCGCCGUCACCGUCACGGCCACCAACCUGUGCCCGCCAAACUACGCCUACUCCGGCGGCACCGGGGGCUGGUGCAACCCGCCGCGGCCGCACUUCGACAUGUCCCAGCCGGCGUGGCUCCAGAUCGGCGUCUACCAGGGCGGCAUCAUCCCGGUGCUGUACCAGCGCGUGCCGUGCGCCAAGCAGGGCGGCGUGCGCUUCACCAUCACCGGGUUCAACCACUACGAGCUGGUGCUCAUCUCCAACGUCGGCGGCAGCGGCUCCGUCGACAGCGCCUGGGUCCAGGGCUCCAGCACCAACCGGGUGCCCAUGAGCAGGAACUGGGGCGCCAACUGGCAGUCGCUCGCCGGGAUCGCCGGCCAGGCGCUCACCUUCGGCGUCACGUCCAGCGGCGGGCAGACCAUCGUCUUCCAGAACGUCGUGCCGCCCAACUGGGUGUUCGGCAUGUCGUUCACAAGCAACUUGCAGUUCUCCUACUGACCACAGGUGCCUUAGCUUGUGUAGGAGCGAGCCCAUCUCUUUGGAUAGCAAUAUAGCAUCAGUAGAUAGUUAAAUUAGCUUCCUGGCUGAGGCUGUAGCAUUAUGCAUGCAUGCAUGUCGUGCAAAUCUUUUCCUUCAGUUUGUAUCUGUAACUGUAACUUGAUUUUGCAUUAAUUGGCAGUAAUUAAGAUUUUGUAGUCUCCGUCUGUCGGGCCAGCUGCUUGCUAGCCCUGUACAACCGCUGAACACAAAAUGUAAGCUGUUUUAUAUUUGAUAGAAAAAAUUUAAGAGAGUGCGUGUGAUAUAAGUUCA